GAAAGUCUUGACUCAUAAUAAACACUUUUUCAUUACCUUUGUUACAUGAACGAAAAUUCUCUCGGAAGCCGAGAGUCUUCGACGCGGUGGGGUUAAUUUUCGCAGAGUCAGUAUUUGCUUGCGCGCGGUUUCUCUCUCUCCCUCUCUCUCUCUCUCUCUCUCUUCGCUCACCGCGGCAUCUCUACGAGCGUUUAUGCGUACAUACAUAGGCGGGCGCGAAUCAAAAUCAAUAAGCCGAUUAUUGGCCCGCGCUGAGCGGAGAUUACGUCGCUUUGAAUUGACACCGCCGACGCGCGAGUGCGAUUCAAUCCCGCGGGCUUUCCGCGACAGGCGGACAUCCGUCCUACUUUCUUUUUCCACCGAGUCCCCGCGACACGCAAGAGCAAAAUGGCGCACGCUCAACGCUCUGACCUCGCUCCCGCGCGCCUCCUUCUCGCGCUCUCCCCCUCAUCCCCCCCGUCUCGUGCCACGCGAACGAACUCGACAUUCGUAUUCAGGCAGCUAUGAAAGACAACCGGCUCGUUUUCCACGUAAUUUCAUCGCCUUUCAUUAUAAUACGCAUUUACCACAUGCGGGAAAAAUUUAUCAAUAGCGGCGCGAAUAUAUCGCUGAUGUUAGCGUCAAGAACAGUCGUCGCGCGGCGCCACCGUACGAAGGGAGCUACAAUGACCAUAGACUAUAGAUUUAUAUAGAUAGCGCGCUCCUAUUGAAGACAAGACGGCAUAGGGUAAGAGGGGAUGAGAGAGACACGUGCUUUCCCUGCCCGAUUCUGCAGUUGAUGGGAUCAACAAGGAAAAACAUGAUUCUCUCUUAUUAAUACUAUCUUUUUGUUUCUAAUGAGAGACUAAUGAUAACGAAGAAAGAGAUAAAAACAUGGGAAAAAGUUUAGGAAUUAUUUAAAACUUAUAAGUUGCAAAAUAAUAUAAUAUGUAUGCAAGAGAGACAAAAUUAUCCCUUUAUAAUUAUAAAGAUAUAUAAAUACUCCUAUAUUUUAUAUGUCACUAUCGUGACAUUAAUUAGAAGUUUGACGGAAUAUUUAAAAACUGUAUAUUCAGAUAUAUUGUUGCUAUAUACAGUUGCUAGACAGUUUAAUUAUAUCGCUGCGUUAAAUUUCAUUAUGUAAAUAUGACGAACAAAUGAGCGCAGUGUUUGACAUAACGAAGCAAAUAUCAAAUAAUUUUUCCGAUUAGAUUGUAAUAAUAAACAUUUAUGGCUCACAAAAUUUUCAGUUUGGCGAUAUAAAGAUCCUCAAAUUUAUUCUUAUACGAAACGUUAUUUCGACAGAGGAGAUCUCAACAGGAAAUUUAAUAAACCCGGUAAAGAACACACAAAAUUUUCAAAAAAAUCAGGUUAGAGAUUUAAUAUGAUUAUAAAAUCGUAAGAAAUUUUCAAUCCUUCAAAUCAAAUUAUUACGCUUUAACUCGCGAUUAUUAAUUUGUAUUUUUAUUUUCUCUGAAAGAGAAGCUUGACAAGACUUGACAAAAUGGGUCAAACUAUGGGUAGAAUGCCUGAAACAUGGCAAGGUCUCCUGGAGGAAAAAAAUCGUGUUUUACACUGGAGUUCCGAAGUGUUGGCACGAGUACAAGAUAAUGUUACGAACGAAGAUACGUUCUUAAUGGACUAUGAUGACGAUAAGAUCGACGCGAAAAUCAAUACGUGGAUUAAAACUAAUCAAACACGAGUUGACGAAUCAUUCAAGAAGUUCGCGAAAGCACCGGAUGUACUCAAAAAUGAAGUCAAAACUGGAACCGAAAAACUAUUCGAAGAAAUACAAACGAAAAUGCGGAAGGAUUAUAGGAAUGCGUAUAAUGACAUAAAAAAAUUUAACAAGAAAGUGGACCAGUUGGGAGCAGACGAAAGAAAGAUUCACGCCGAUAUACAAAAGUUGGAGGAGGAGUGCGCAGAAGAUGUGCAAAAGUUUCAGAAGAAAUUCGGACCGUUGCGAGUAAAAGUUUUCGAUAACUUGAGAACAGGCGAAAAGAUGAUAUUCCAAGACAAAAGAUUAAAAACUGAUUUCACUAAAAAGGUGUACGACAUUGAUCACAAAUAUUCUGCUGAUUGCACGAAACGGAUCGACAAAAUGCUCAAAGAUUUCGAGAAAAGCGCGACAAAAACAUGAAACACAAUGAAAAUGAUGCGCAA